CUCAGACCACCCCAGAUCUGCCCCCAGACCAUGCAGCAGCCCGGGAGGGCCACGGCCCGCUGCCCCCAGCGCCAGCAGCUGGACCUGGAGCAGGCGGAGGCCCGGCGGGCGGAGGCCAGGCUGGGGCAGAGGCUGCGAGCACUGGAGACGGCCCGUCUGGUGCACGCACAGCUGCGGGCCUGGGAGCAGAGGCAGGUGCGCCGUGAGCUGGGGAGGCUGCAAGGUACCCUUGCCGCCCCCAGAGCCCCGGCGUGCCCCCGAGAAGCACCAGCGCUGGAGCCGGACCCCCAGGAGCAGACGGCGGCCCCUGACAGCACAGCCGAGAAGCCACCCACCCCAGGGACGGAGGCCAGUGGGACCCCCGAGUCGUGUGACGGCCCGGACCCAGGCCCCGGCGGGGAGGGCGACGCCCGCCUGGACCCUGAGCUGCUGGCCAGGGCGGGCAGGGCCCACUACAUCCGCCACCGGGCGCCCCCCGAGUGGGAACGACCACUCAGCAUCCGAGAGGUCUUCGGGCACCAGGAGGGAGCGGGUGGCGAGGGGCGGGGCCCGGCUGGGAGCCCCCAGCCCCAGUGA